UAAAAAUAGCAGCAUAUUAGAGUUACACACACACACACACACACACAUGUGUGUGUGUAGCACAUGCACUGGCAUUAGCAUAACCUCUGAACACAAUAUUAAGCAGCUGGAGUAACAAAAAUAUCAACAAUAUUAGUCAAAAGAGCAGACGUAAAAAUAUUGCGCAUUGCCUGCAGCUGCAUGUGGCGGCGAGCGGCUUAAAUUCAUGCCACAUCCACACAACAGAUGUGACCCAGUUAAAACGGAUUUGCUGGCCAGACAAACAGACGACCCAACAGUCCAGAAUCACAACACAAGCGCGACCAGCAAGGAUUAUUAAUUUCACCACAGCGAGCGCGCCCCGUCCAACCAAAAUGCGCCAACAACCAGCAACGAUCGCCCUCAGCUGCGCUCUGCUCGCCGCUGCGCUCUGCUGUUGCACUUCGGGCAUCCAGGCGGAGGCAAAGCGAGUGGAUCUGGAGACAGCAACCAAAGCGUCAAUAUUAAAAGACAGCACAAUAAAUGACAGCACAUUUCAAAGAAGUCAAUCAAAGGGAGCGGCCAACAUGGCGGCGGCAGCAGCAGCAGCAGCGGCGACAUGGCCAAAAUCGCUUUCAUUAAUUUCGGCGACAAUACAAGCUACAAACCCAAAAGAUAAGACUGCGACAACAGCAACAACAACAACAACAGCAAGCAGAACUACAAUGACAAGUGAAAAACCCGCAAUAACAAGUGCAUUGAAUGCAAAUGCAACUGGGCCAGCGCACAGCAUCAUUAAUAACAUUAGCAACCACGUUGAUCAGCUGGCUACAACAACAGCAGCAGCAGCAGCAGCAACCAGCAGCAACACAAUGGCAACAUCCGUGCCUGCGGUGACUUUGGAGGCAAAUCUUAUUAUGAGCAAUAGAAACGUGGAGCAACAGAAAUUGGAUGAGCACAAGUACAAAAUAACACAGCACAGCGCAUUGUCAUUGUCCAUGCAAUUGCCAGUGGGCAACGGUAAUUCAACACCCACAUUGCUGCUGCAGCCGCCGCCGCCGCCGCCAACCGUUGCUGCCUUUGCGAUAAAUGAAAUGGCAACCGCAACAGCACAGCCUGCAACAACAACAGCAACAACAACAACAGCAGCAGCAACAACAACAACUACAACACGUCGACCGGCGCCAACAACAACGCUAAAGCCACCGCCAACUAUAGACGAUUACCAAACAAUAAUUAGCCAAGCUGGAACCCAUGCCUAUCUGCCUUGCAACGUCAAGCAGCUGGUGAAGAAACCAAUUUCCUGGCUACGCAUGCGAGACGGACACAUCCUCACAGUGGAUCAGACAACCUUUAUAGCGGAUCAAAGGUUUCAGUCUGUCUUCUCACCCAAUCCAGAGCGUUGGUCGCUGCAAAUUAAAUACGUGCAGCUCAAAGAUGAGGGCACCUACGAGUGUCAAGUAUCCACCGAACCCAAAGCCAGUGCAAUUGUUCAUUUGCGCAUAGUUGAACCCAAAACCGAAUUAAUUGGCGAGUCAACGCGGCAUGUGAAGGCCGGAAGUCAAGUGAAACUGCGCUGCAUAAUUAGCCAGGCACUGGAGCCGCCACUUUUCAUUAAUUGGUUUUACAAUCAGAAGCAAAUCUAUUUGCAUAAUCGUCGCGGCUGGCGCACGGAAAUCGAGCGCAUCGAUCUGCCAACGGAAGCGCCAACGACUGUGGCAACAACAACGACAGCAGCAGCAGCAGCAGAGGCGCUAAAUGAGAUAGCGGCCAUAACACGCUCAUAUAUUCUAGAUGCGAUAGUUGUGAGUGAUGGUGCCGCCGCCCACAUGAACGGAUACGGAUACGUGCCGCCAACAACAGCAGCAGCUGCAGCGACCACGCACGCGCCUCUGCACAUGACAGCCGCAGCAAUGUCAACGCCAGCAGCUGCUGCUGCUGCUGCUGCUGCAGCAGUUGCAGAUGCAAAUCCCUUUGCCGCUACUGUUGCAUUAAAGGAUGCAACGGGCCUAGCGGCGGCGGCAGCGGCCACAUUCACGUCAAUAAUAUCAACAGCAACAGCAACUGUAGCUGCUGCGUCAACAACAGCAGCAGAUACAACAACGACAGAAGCAACAACUACAACUACAACAACAACCACAGAGGCAAGCACAUCGACAACCACGUUGGUGCCAAGCAGCAGUUUCAUUAAACAGAUAACGACUGCCUCGCUCAUCAUACCCGCCGUGGUGAAGCAGGAUUCGGGCAACUAUACGUGCAGUCCCUCGAACAGUGCACCCCGCACCAUUGUGCUGCACGUGCUUAACGGUGACUACUCGGCAUCGGCCAUAAAAUCGUCGAGUGUCAGCUGGCAUGCGCUAAUUGGCUGUCGGGGCUAUUUACAAUGGCCCAAUGUUUCAACGAUUCUGGCACUUUUUUGGAUUAUUAAAUUUGUCCUCGCUGCAAAUGUGGCUAUGUGCAGCCCUGGCCAAAACAAAGUCAACAGUCGAGCUGCUACUACACUGCAAGCGCCAAUGUCAAAAUCAUCAUCGGCAACAAAAACAAAAACAGCAGCAGCAGUAUCAGCAGCAGCAACAGCAACAAACGAGAUUGUCAACCGCAGGCUCUGCAAACAGAUCCAGACGGCAACCCGCAGGCACAGCCAAAGCCAAAGCCGUUUAGCCAGCGAUUCGGUUUGGGUUUGGGGCUGGGAUUGUGAUUGCAUUUGCGAUUGCGGCCACGUCAACAGCUCAAUUAGUGGUACGCAAGUGGCCGAGGACAAAACUUGAGCCCCUGCAGCGAUUGCCAGGCAUUAAGCAAUGAGCUGAGUCACAGCAAAUUGAAAUGUGAACGGAUUGUACUUAGAAGUGGAAGAAGCGCAUGCGACCCAGAGAGUUGAUUAGUAUAAACUUAAAUGCAUUGCAUCUAAUUCUAUUCGUAAGUACUCGUAAAUACACCACUUAUGAUCACUUACAAUAUAAAGUCUUAAUUGCUUAUUAGGCUACGAAAUUAAAUGUGUAUAUUUAGCAAAGUGGCCUCUACUUAAGUUUGACUUGCAAAAGAUUUUGUUUCCUUAAUACUUAAAAGGUUUGAAUGUUAAAAAUGUA